AACGUGAUGACUGCGACGUAAUUUGCGGUUUUUAACAAUACAUAGUUACCUAAUACAUACGAGCCACAUUCCACUUAAAAAAGGUAAUACAUACCUAUUGAUCCUUCCAGACAGCUAGCGUGAUUGUCGACAGAAGUUAUUAGGCUAUUCUCUUAUUAUUUUUGGCUCUCCAAAAAUGAUCCCUGUUCCUAUGAAAAGAAUCGGUCUCUUGAGCGUCGGACAAAGUGAUCCUGUUCCAGACAGUGACUUCCAACAACUACCCCGGGUUGAGGUGGUUGAUAUCUGUCCACUUGACGCAUAUACUCACGCUGAACUGCUUGAAAAAUUUUCACCCAAGAUAGGGGAGCUUCCGAUCAGUUCAAAUGUGAAAAGUGGCGCAGAAAUUUUAUUGUCACAUUCGGCGCUUGAGCGUGAACUUCAAAAGGGUAUAUUAGAAGCCGAAGCGCUUCGUCUCGAUGCUAUAGUGCUUACUUGUUCAGGCAAAUUCGACUUGGCGUCCUCCAGAUCAAGAAUUGUCUUCCCAGGGCAAAUUUUAAAGGAAAAGGUGUUGCAACGUGUAUGGUGUGAAGCAGAGAAAGUGGCAAUCAUCGUGCCGCUGGAUGAACAGCAAGGUCGUUUGGAGAAGUGCUGGAAUGCACGUCUUCCAUCAGAGAAAAAACUGAAUAUUAAGGCAUUCACUCUCCCUUGGCAAGCCUCUUUGGAACAGACACAACAACUUGCGUCCUAUUUGCUAAGCAAUGGCUUCCGGUUUGCUAUCAUGGAUUGCUUUGGAUAUAGUGUUUCUCAUAGCCGAAAAAUGGAGGAGUGCGGUAUAGAAAAUCAUGCGGCAAAGGCAGAGUUGAUUAUUAAGCUUGUUACAAAUGUCUUAUGAUUAAGUAAAGCACAUUUAGAAUAUAUCGGAUAGUUUCUAGCAUAGAAUGAGUAUUAUGCUGUUAAAGAUUCAGAAACUUUUGGUGGU